CAGAUGAUAGGUGAGAAAAUCCUCCAAUGAGUCCUACAACAAGUCUGUAAUGCUAUUUGCGGGAAACAACGGAAAAAUCCAGAUUGAAGCCCAAAUCUGUAGGAGCCAGAGGAAGAACGAGGAGCACAAAAUCUCAUUGGAUGUGAGUGGUCUUAGUGUGACUGUACAUACAAAGUGGGCCGUGACGCUCCACUCGGUGUUUUCUCCAAGAACACAGCGGGAUGAAAGGAGCGGCUGCGUUCAGAAAGAGAACCGGGCCGGCUGCUGGACAUGUGGAAACCCCAAGACAUACAAAAAAGGGAUCAUGUGAUCAACAACCGGAUGUUACUACUGGUGGAAAAUACGAAGAAGACGACAGGAAGUGAGCCUCGGCUUCCCUUUCAUCUCUCCUUCCUCCCAGUGACUGAAGGGGGAGAGAAAAGGAGGAGGAGGAGGAGGAAGAGGGAGCGCAGCUACAUUAUCAACACACACACACACACUGCCAUCAUUACACUGAAGCUCUGCGGGAGCGGCGGGAAGUCGGUCCACGGCGGCUCUUCCUCUCUUGUCUUUCUGCUUUUUUAUGUGAUUGUUUCAGGACUUUUUAUUUUUUAUUUUUUGCUGUUAUCUGUCCUCCUCUGAGCAGCUUUGAGGAUUUAUUUGCAAGCAGCUCUUUCCCGUUAAAGCUGCAUCCCAUCACCGUGUUUUCAUUUAUCUCCACCGGAUCACGCAGGGACGUAUUUUUACUUUUUUAAAAACACUUUUUUAUUAUUAUUAUUAUUUGUUGACUCGUUUCAGGAUGAAUUUAGACAAAAACUGAUUAUUAUUUCUCCUCAUGACUUCUUUAAUCACAGCUCCGGAUUCUGAUCUGUCUAAUCUGGAACUGAGAUUUCAGCUUUUUUAAUACUUUUGAGAAAAAGGAAAAAAAACCCGCAAAAACCUGCGGCUCCGCUCCUCCUGUUGCUUCUCUGAAAACCCACCGGCUGCGCUGCGGUUCCUUUCUGCCCGCUCGGUUGCGCUCGGAUCUCGGUGGGAGUUAACCUGAAACCCCGCAGCCGCGGAGCAAGCACGCAAACCCCGCACUAUGCCUCAGCUGUCGGGCGGCGGCGGAGACCCGGAGCUCUGCGCCACGGAUGAGAUGAUCCCGUUCAAGGACGAGGGCGACCCGCACAAGGAGCAGAUCUUCGCCGAGCUCAGCCACUCGGAGGAGGAAGGGGACCUGGCGGACAUCAAGUCCUCCCUGGUCAACGAGUCCGAGAUCAGCCCCAACAGCAACAGCCACGACGCAGCUAGACAGUCCCAAAUAGGUCCAGAUUCGUACCAUGAAAAACACAGAGAGCAUCCUGACGACGAUACUGCCCCAGAGACGGCAGGGACUCACGGUCUGACUCUGCAGGUCAUAGUGCCUCCUUUUUGUUCCUCCUCCUUCAAAACCAAACACUGGCCUUCCCUCUUUGUGUCAGCCUGCGCCGGCCUCUGCCCCCCACUGACCCUGGUCUGA